AUGGCGCCGUCAAAAGAAGUUGCCGUCGUUGGCUCUAAUGCCUUGACUUCAAUUGAUCCCGAUCAGACUUUGAAAGCCUCCAAGGCUCUUCUCGCACACAUCAAAAAGGCCGCCAAAGAAACGUCCGAGGAAUCAACCAAGCGUAAUCUACUCGAAGAUGACGACGACGAAGAAACUCCCGUCUGGCUGACCCUCACCACGAAGCGACACAUUGCCGACAAGGCUCGUCUCCAGCCUGGCAAGAUUCCCGUCCCCCACUCCCUCAACACGGACGAGAACAGCACCAUCUGCGCCAUUACAGCUGAUCCCCAGCGAGCAUACAAGAACAUCAUCGGCUCUGACGAGUUCCCCGCCGAGCUGAGCAAGCGCAUCACUCGUGUCAUUGACUUUGGCAAGCUGAAGGCCAAGUAUGGCCAGUACGACGCUCAGCGCAAACUCUUCUCCGAGCACGACAUCUUCCUCGCCGACGACAGAAUCAUCAACCGUCUGCCCAAGGUCCUCGGAAAGACGUUCUACAAGACCACUGCCAAGAGGCCCAUCCCGGUUGUCUUCUCAGCCAAGCGCCCCAAGGUCGACGGCAAGCGAGCCAAGCGAGACAAGACCAACCAGGAUGACGUGAAUGCCGGCACGGCCGCCGAAAUCGCCAAGGAGAUCGAAAAGGCCCUCAGCUCCGCCCUCGUCAGCUUGUCGCCCACGACCAACACCGCCGUCCGAAUCGGCUACUCCAACUGGACGGCUGAGCAAAUCGCCGACAAUGUCGACGCGGUUGUGACUGGCCUGGUUGGCAAAUGGGUGCCUCAGAAGUGGCGCAACGUCCGCAGUAUCUACAUCAAGGGUCCUAGCACUGCCGCCCUGCCCAUAUGGUUGACGGAUGAGCUGUGGAUGGAUGAGAAGGACGUCAUUCCCGAUGAGGAGGUCGAGGCGAAGAAGACUGAAAAGGCCAACGUCGGCAAGAAGCGCAAGUCGCUUGAUGCUGAGGCUGAGACCGAGUCUCCUGCCCCCAAGAAGAAGGCCAAGAAGCAGGACAAGGUCGCUGCUGAGAGCAACGACGACAAGCUGGACAAGCAGAUUGCGGACCGCAAGGCCAAGUUGAAGAAGCAAAAGGCUGCUGCCAAGAAGGCCAUGGAUGACUGA